AACGGGAGUGAAAACGUCACUUCCAGGUCCGGCCAGUCCUUUUCUCCUUAGUCGGGCCGCCGUGCGGGCAACAGAGGCGUCAAGAUGCAGAUCUUUGUAAAAACCCUUACCGGGAAAACAAUCACACUUGAGGUCGAGCCCAGUGACACUAUUGAAAAUGUCAAGGCUAAGAUUCAGGACAAGGAAGGUAUCCCACCUGACCAGCAGCGUCUGAUCUUUGCUGGCAAACAGCUUGAAGAUGGACGUACCUUGUCUGACUACAACAUCCAGAAAGAGUCAACUUUGCAUCUGGUGCUGCGUCUUCGUGGUGGUAUCAUUGAGCCUUCCCUCCGCCAGCUUGCCCAGAAGUACAAUUGUGACAAGAUGAUUUGCCGCAAGUGCUAUGCCCGUCUUCACCCACGUGCUGUGAACUGCCGUAAGAAGAAAUGUGGCCACACCAACAACCUGCGCCCCAAGAAGAAGCUCAAAUAAACUCCAUAUGUCCUCUGCUUAUUGUUUGAGUUUUGUUCAGAAAUAAAUAAAAAUCUAAAGUAA